AUGGAGAACCUCAAGAAAUUGGAGAUUAAUAUACCUUUCUCUGAGGCUCUGCAGCAAAUGCCUUCAUAUGCUAAAUUUCUUAAUGAGCUCCUCACUAAGAAAAGGAAAUACAUUGAAGAGGAAACUAUUGAAGUUCAAGGAAACUGUAGUGCUAUCAUACAAAAGCUCCUACCUCCUAAAUUGAAAGAUCUAGGAAGCUUCACUAUUCCUUGUACUAUAGGGAAUAUAUCUGUUGGGAAGGCACUUAUUGAUUUGGGAUCUAGCAUUAAUCUCAUGCCGCUCUCCAUGUUUGAAAAGAUUGAAGGGUUAGAACUCAAGCCUACUCGGAUGACUCUUCAACUAGCAGAUAGAUCUUUGAAAUAUCCUUAUAGGGUAGCUGAAGAUGUUCUUGUGAAGGUAGAUAAAUUUCUAUUUCCAGUGGACUUUGUUAUUAUGGAGAUGGAAGAGGAUGCGAAUGUACCUCUUAUUCUUGGAAGACCUUUCAUGAAGACUGCAAGAGUUUUGAUUGAUGUGGAAAAUGACAAGCUGAAAGUGAGAGUGCAAGAUGAAGAAGUAAAUUUUGAUGUUUUUUAA